AUGGCCAACCCUAAAUGUUACUUCGAUGUUGCAGCUGACGGUGAAGAACUUGGUAGAAUCGUGUUUGAACUUAGGCACGAUGCGGUUCCCAAGACCGCUGAAAAUUUCAGGGCAUUGUGUACAGGCGAAAAGGGUUAUGGCUACAAGGGUUCCACCUUUCACCGUAUCAUUCCUCAAUUUAUGGUUCAAGGUGGCGACUUCACCAACAAUAACGGAACUGGUGGUAAAUCCAUUUAUGGCGAGAAAUUUGCUGAUGAGAAUUUCAAUUUGAGACACGAAGGACCUGGUACUCUUUCAAUGGCUAACGCUGGAGCCAACACUAAUGGAUCUCAAUUCUUUAUUUGCACUGUAAAGACUGCCUGGUUGGAUAAUAAGCAUGUCGUCUUUGGAAAAGUGGUUGAUGGUAUGGAUAUUGUGUACAAAGUUGAAGCUUUUGGCACUUCUUCAGGUAAACCCAAAAAAACUGUCAAGAUUAUCGAUUGUGGCGAAUGUUAA